UCUCAUUAAGCCUUACUUUCUUUACCACACUGCCCGCAGUUAUCGAUAGCAGCACUAUCGAUUCCAAGUGAUAUUAAUUAAUCACUUCUGCUGUUUACUUUCUUAAUUAAAACUGUUAAUUAAAUUAUCAACAACGGCUGUUCCAAACCCACUGCGACGCGUAAACGAAGUCGCGUUUCACGCUGCAACGAAACGAAAGGAAACCACCCAAAGGCAAACCACCUGAAAAUCGCUCACCAAUCCCCCCAAAAAAAUUCCCAUUUGGCGAAAACAACAACAGUAAUUAGGGUGUGAGAGUGUGGAGUGAAUAGCUGAAUAGUUAAAUCAGUGAAUAAUUUACCGUACGGCCUUCGCCUUCCCCUGCGGAAACAACAACAAAGCCCAGCGUUCACAUACACCCACACACACACGGGUCUACCACGCAUACACACGCAGGCCAGCCGAUAACCUGUGUGUGAGGCAAUCGCCGUCAUCGUUCGAAAUCAAAUCUCUAAUCGGUGCAGAAACAACAAUAACAGCAGGUGCAGCAUAAUCAACAAUUGAGUUGAUACGUAUAUAGCUAAAAAUAAGGUUCAAAUAUGGGACUGUUAUUAUCGCGGCUCUGGCGGAUGUUUGGCAACGAGGAGCACAAGCUGGUGAUGGUGGGUCUGGACAACGCGGGCAAAACCACCAUCCUGUACCAGUUCCUGAUGAACGAAGUGGUCCACACAAGUCCCACGAUCGGUUCCAACGUGGAAGAGGUCGUCUGGCGGAAUAUACACUUCCUUGUCUGGGAUCUUGGUGGUCAGCAGAGUCUGCGCGCCGCUUGGAGCACCUACUACACGAACACAGAGCUGGUGAUCAUGGUCAUCGACUCCACGGACCGGGAACGGUUAGCUGUUACGCGGGAAGAGCUCUACCGGAUGCUGCAGCAUGAGGAUCUGAGCAAGGCCAGUUUGCUGGUCUAUGCCAAUAAGCAGGAUCUCAAGGGCUCCAUGUCGGCGGCGGAAAUCUCACGACAACUGGACCUCACCUCCAUCAAGAAGCACCAGUGGCACAUCCAGGCCUGCUGUGCGCUCACCGGCGAAGGACUCUAUCAAGGAUUAGAGUGGAUCGUGCAGCGCAUCAAGAACAAAUGACCCGCCACACAUGCUACAUAUUAGCUAAUUAAUCAUUAACGACUAGCUGUCUAGAGAAAGUAAACCAAUUUUGAUAUAAACAAUUUUUAAGCGUUUCCAAAUUGUUUGAAAAGUUGUUGCCAAGCCAAUUUUAUUUAGUGUAAAAUACGUCCGAACGUCCCUCGAUGAUUUAAAUCUACGUGUAUAUGGAUAAUGUCUAGGAGCUAAGCCAAUUAACUAUGAUACUUCCAAUAAAAUUACAAAAUAAACGAGUUUAUUUCGA